GGCCGCCGUGGCUCCGCGGCGUUGAGGUUGGCGCUUCGCGUCCCGCCAUGUAACGCGCCGCCGCUCCCCGCCGCCUCCUCCUGUUCUACCGCACCGCUGUCCUUCGCUGCUCGCCCGGCUCCUCCCUCUCAGGGAUGGGGGUCCGGCACCCGGCCCGCCGAGGGGGCUCCCGGCCAUGAAGGGCGGCGGGGGGGCCGCUCCCAGCACCUGCCCGCCGCGACGGGACCGCGACGUCCGGGGAUCGGCGGGGCUCCUCCUCGCUUACUGCUAUGGACAGUGCUAUCACCCUGUGGCAGUUCCUCCUCCAACUCCUGAAAGAGCCUCAGAACAAGAAUAUCAUCUGUUGGACCUCCAAUGACGGGGAGUUCAAACUGCAGCAGGCAGAGGAGGUGGCCAGACUGUGGGGAAUCCGCAAGAACAAGCCCAGCAUGAACUAUGAUAAACUCAGUCGUGCUCUCAGAUACUAUUAUGUGAAGAAUAUCAUUAAAAAAGUGAAUGGUAAGAAGUUUGUGUACAAGUUUGUUUCUUAUCCGGAGAUCUUAAAAAUGGAUCCACUUGUCGUGGGCCGGAUAGAAGGAGAGCCUGAACUGACCAGCUUUGCAGAGGUGAGCAGUGCUCCAAAGGAUGUGGAAAGCUGUGGGAAGGAGAAGUCUCAGUCGUGUGCUAAAUCCUCCAGCCGUAACGACUACAUCCACUCAGGCUUGUACUCCUCUUUUACGCUGAACUCCCUGAACUCUUCCAACGUCAAACUCUUCAGGUCCAUCAAGAUUGAGAAUCCAGCUGAGAAACUGACAGAGAAGAAAGCUGCUCAGGAUCCAACGCCGUCUGUCAUCAAGUUUGUCACCAUGCCCUCCAAAAAGCCUUCAUCCGUCCCCCUGAUCGCCACCACUUCGACAGUCUCUGCUACAUCCACUGCUUCUGCCACCUCGACUGCAUCCUCUCUUCCCAUGGGAUCAGAAGAAACUCUGCAGACCUUGGAGACUCUUGUUCUCCCCAAGUUAACUAUCCCUGAAGCUCCAGCACCUUUGCCAAACUUGACCACCAGCUUUACCCCGACUCCACCUGUAUCCUCGGUUUCUCCCGUUCUGCAAGUUCCUUCCACCCCCCCAUCGCCGCCCCUGAGUUCUAAUCCUGACCUGGACAUUGACACGGACAUAGAAUCAGUGGCUUCUCAGCAGCUGGAGCAGGCUCAGAGCCUUCAGCAUCAAUCCCCAGAGCCCAAAGAGCAGGAUUCAUCUGUUCUGGAGAAGGAAUUUGCCAAUCACCUCUCCAGAUCUAAAAAACCCAAAGGGCUGGAGUUGGCUCCUACUCUCGUCAUUACAGGCAGUGAUCCAAGUCCAUUGGGAAUACUGAGCCCUUCCCUCCCCACUGCUUCUCUUACUCCAGCACUUUUCUCCCAGACUCCCAUCUUGCUGACCCCAAGUCCCUUGCUCUCCAGUAUUCAUUUCUGGAGUACCCUCAGCCCAGUUGCUCCUCUCAGUCCUGCAAGGUUGCAAGGUGCUAAUACGCUUUUUCAGUUUCCAUCAGUGCUGAACAGUCAUGGCCCAUUCACACUGUCUGGACUGGAUGGACCCUCUACCCCUGGCCCAUUUUCCCCUGAUCUGCAGAAGACAUAGCACAUGAACUCAUGGAAAGGACAUAUAUUGGCAAGCAAGGAAAAGAGAUGACACUUAUAUUUAACCAUGAUUUUUUUUAAAAGAGCGAUUUAUAAUUCCACAGAGAUUAUCAGCAGUCAUAGUUUUUGCCAUUCCCAGAUAAAAAAAAAAAAUGCCUUUUUUGCAAAAUUCCUGUUUUUUGAAGACCCAGAUUGGUAAUGUUUAUGCAAAUGCCUUAAUAGGAGCUGAAGCUCCGGUCUCUUCCCUCCUUGGUUGGAAGACUUCACUAUGGUUAAAGGGAGUUUCAGUUGGUGUUGCAGUAACUGAGUCUGCACUGUUUGCAGUCAAUAGUAUCAGAGAAGUCUUUUCUCUGUGACUCUUGGAAAAACCUCUGUUCUUCUGCUUCCUGUGCUUGGCAAGAAGAAAUUUAAUCACGAUCGAAGCUGGCAUUGCAGGAGAUGCUUGGGAAAGGAGUGUGUGUGUGCACUCAGCUUUGCCUUGGGGCCUGAUAACUUCUGCAGCAGCAAAACAGCCCGCAUCUUAUCUGCUGUAAAAACAUCUUGUCUCUUUGCAGGUAGAAAUUUUCAAGGCAUACUCCAUGAUUGUGUUUCUGAGAUGUGGACAAUUUCUCAAUGACACUGCAUGCAGAGAGCCCAGCCUUGCAGUGCUUGGUUCCUGGAUGCUUCCGAGCCCUCCUUCAGUGAGGGGGCAAAGCCUGGAGACAAACAAAUGGUGGGAUCAGUUCUUUUCAGUUCUCAGAAAGUUUGAAUGCUGAAGUCCAAACAUUUCUUGUACCGGAGACCUGUAAUCUCAGUGCUGGAAGAUGAGCAGAAUGGUGGAUUUUUACGUGAGGUGUUGAGGUUUUAGCUGUGACAUGAGGUUGCUGCCUGAUGCUGCGUUUUCAGCCCCAAGCAGUGGGUCAGAACGCUGAUGUCUGAGUGUUUUUACUGCUUUUUUCCCCACAGUUUGAAGUGGAGAAGCUUUUCCCAGCUCUUAUCUCGAGUUUGGCUUUAAAUCUAUUACUUUUUUUAAUUAUUAUUAUUUGAGGAAGCACUCAGACCCAGAGAAAGUUAAGCUUAAUGUGUACCACUAGCUGAUAGAGGUACCAGGGGUAUCCACCUCACUGUAAAUUUGCACUUGCUUUUCUUUCCUUGGUGGCCACGUGUGUGUGAAUUAAUACGAGUUUCCAGAGCCAUUUGAAACACUGAUGAAAUUUUUUUUUAAUUAGAUUUUUAAACCUCAGGAGGCCUUUUAAGAGAACGGAGGAAUGAAAGAAGAGGGGAUGGGAUGUCUCAGUCUGUGCCCUUCCACUUUGGGGCAUCUGCUGUCAGGCAGCAACUUCUGUUUGCCACUCAACGUUGAGCUGAGUGACAUAAGAUAAUCUUGAUAAAAUAACUUCUAGAAAACAGAUUUGAGGUCGUCUCCUUCCUUUGGUAACCCCAGUGGCUGGCUGUGAAGUUUUAAUGAGCAGAGGAAGGUUGUACCUUAACAGCACGAGGAGCUGGCAGUGUGCUUCUAACAUAGCACACCUGUUUGAUGGAGAAACGGUGAGCUCAGGCUUACCACAGUUUUCCUUUUGCCACUUUUGCAGACUGAAUUCACUUUAAAGCAUACGUAUGACAAUACCCAGGACUUGAUUUACUGCAGUGACGUUCUCUCUGUAUUCUAGCAUUGAAUGAACCACUUUGUAUGUUGCUGAUACAGCACCCUCGACAUGAGUGGGGUGUAAUGGAGUUGCUUUUUGGGGCAUUGUUCAUCCAGAAAGUCCUCUGCCAAGUGGGAGAAAAGAGUGUGCCUAUUUCAGGUGCUUGUAGCAGGGAGUGAGCUCGUGUAAUGAACUGUCUUCCUGUUGAGUUUCAUUGGAGGAGUGAUACUGCUUUGCAUUUAGACAUCAGCAGAUACAGGAUAAAGUUCCUGUGCCAGUGGCUCUUAAAAUGACAAUGUGCAAUAUUGACUUUUUUUUUUUUUGAAAUGCAGAGAGAAACCUGCAGAUCAUAAUUAAGAGCAGGCAUGUGGAAUUUUCUGGUUUGCAUGAUAGCUUAUGAGUUUGCUCUAGAAAAAUAUAUAUAGCUAUAUAUAAAUAGCAGCACUUUUAAUGGUUGUUUUAGGUUGGCCAAUUUUAUGCCCAAUGUGUGUGUGGAUUUGAGAGCAACAUUGCAGACUAGGAUUAGAGUUUAAAAAUGACUAAUGAGCACUAAAGACUUGCAAUUUAAUUGCUUCCCUUUCCUUGUCCCCUAUGGAGAAAAGCCAAGUUUUAGUUUAAAAGUUGUGUAUGUGCACACAUGCACUUAAUUUUUUUUUUUUUUGUAAACUGUAUCACUUUCAGCAUAGAUAUGCAAGAGAACCAAAUGCUAACUAAUAGAGCUUGUCAGUUUUUGCUUGGCCUAGUUUCAUGCUGUUCUCCAAGUAGCUGCAGCAGAUUGCACUGCCAUAGCUGUGAGAUGCACGCUCACCUUCAGGAAUACCUUCUUAGGGAAAGUUGCUAUGAAAAGUGCAGCCUCUCUGUAUUUCAGCCUGGUAGUGUCCAACUUGCUGACAGGUGAUGUGAGAAGAUGGUUACUUUUGCUUAGGCACCUGCCUUGGAAAACAGGAGUCCCCCAUGGGGUUGUAAUCUCAGGAGGCAGUUGGGAAAGCAAACUGUAAGACUGGGCACGGGGAGAGAGGCUUGCUGACGUUUUCCCCACUUCAGGUCACUUAAGAUAAUACUUAAUAUUGUAUAUAUGCUGCCUCGUUAAGCAGAUGUUUAUUAACAAGCAUAGAACUGCCAGCUUUUUUGGAUCACAUUCCUCAGAGCUCGGUGAUGUGACUUGCUGGUGCUCUGCUGGCUCAAUUCAGGAGCAGUUUGCAGCUCAUUGCAGCUUGUUUUUAGUAUAGGGAAGGUGGGUUAGUAUAGGCUCUUCUUUAAUUAUCACGUUAUCAGCUUGUAAUAUGGGUAUAGUACCAUGUUGGUUUAAAAAAAAAUAGUGCAGCAUUACAGAAAAAACGUUGUGUUACAUUGCAAUUCAUGUUGCUGAAGUAACUGUGGUAUUGUUGAAUGCUUUGAUAGUAUUUGCAUUGGUUAAUUCAUAGGUGGUGGUAGAAUUAGACUGGAUGAGCAUGGAAGCUGAACAUCUGUCUUGCUUCUGGAAAUCUCUUUUAAAUGUCACUGCUGCUGUAUAAUAGUACUGCAGAGUUGCAAAGCUUGUGCUGCUGUCUGUGCUAUGUCUGUCUUUUUUGAGAACCUGAACCAUCAGGAUGCCACUAGCUGCAAGCAGACAAUCCAUGGGAAGCAGAACUGUGCUGAUAAUCCCCUACACUUACACAACGUUCCCUGUUCCAUCUUCCAUUGUUCAGAGAACGUGAUCCCAGUGAUGAGGGUGGUAGAAGAAAGCUUUUUCCUUAACAGAGUGGAAUCCCAGAGCCUUGUUUCAGGAAUCUGUCUUCAGCAGUGGUGGCUGGAUGGAAUUCCUAUGCAGUGCCUUUGGCACAUUGCAUUCUGCAGUAGGUCAGGAAGUGAUGAAAUCCCUCAAAUUUGGGAGUUCACUGUGUUCCCUCAGAGUGUCCUAAGGCUUCAGUAUCCGUGCAUCCUUGCUAGAAAGGAGUGUGUUAUCACAGGAAAGGCUUUGGCUGUUCAGUAGUUUGUUUGGGAUAGUUCCUCCCGAUAGCUUUUUCAGGCCUUGGAUAUCUAGCAGAUAGAUUCUUGUGGUUUGUUGUUGUUGUUUUUUUUUUAAUAGUGUUCAUUUUAACCACAACGAGGGCUGUUUUUGUGCAUAUCUUCCACCACUAAGCGUUGUGUGAUGUCAGAUCCCCCAUCCCCUGUGACUUCAGCUUGGGUGCAAGGAUUUCAGCAGCUUGCCUGGCACACCCAGGCAGCUCCAAGGUAAGCAUGGCUUCAGAGUUCUGCUCCACUUCUGUAGCAUUUUCCCUAUGCUUGGUUUGGAGCCCGUAGAACUGACAGCCUGUUGGCCACCCGUGGUUUAUCAAUGUAUUUUUUUUAGUUAAUUUUUGUUACUGUUUUAUAGCUUUUUUUGUGUCCUCAUAUUUUACUCUGCCACUUAACCUCUUCCAUUUUGAACGCGUGUUUGUUUACAAGACGCAUCUCAGUGUUGUAUCAAGAGAAUAUCUUGGCAUUGCCAGCUAUGAAAUAAACUACAUCAGUAGUUAAGGAACGUCGUCAGCAUGGCCAGGUGCCUUCAAACUCAACGUGUGAGUUUUGGGUGUCUGGGACAAUCUUCUGUUUUGUUCCUUAGUUCACCUCUGUAGGAAAUAGAUUUAUCUUCUGGUCCUGGGUAUGGGUGGCUUAUUUUGUCUGAGCAGUUUUGGAGCAUCUUAUAGCAAACAGCCCUCGCAGGAUUUAUGCUCAGCAGAUCAGUUGAAAAUCCACUGAAAAUCAGAUGAAAAUCCAUUAAAAUUGCAGUCGUGUUCCUUAUGAAGCGAUUCGGGGUGCUGUAAUGAGGGGUGGUACAUCUUGUCUAAACAGGAAUUUUUUGUGGCUUGAUUUGAGUUUAAUUAAGCAGUAAUUGGCAACGGCUGCCGUUUAGUCUGAACAGCAUUAGCAGAUCUGCUUCAUGUGGAGCCUUUGGCGACUGCCAUCAAGUUGAGUGGCAGUGAAUGUGUGCCGUGCUAAAGUUGAUCUGCUGAAAUCAGAGGCUGUCAGAUGAAGAUUAAAAGAUAAAACGUGGUGACAGUUGUUUUACACCAGUUCUUUGGGGCUGUUACUGCCAAAGGCUUUUUCCUGGAUUGACAUCUGUUGGACGCUGCGUUCCACUUGGAGUGAGCAAAGCCUAUGGACUGACUCUGCAGGAGCCCUACAAAGCAGGUUCCAAACAGAGAAAUAAAUAUUCCUGAAAAUAGAACUAAAUCUUUUCUCUGUAGCUGGCUUUUAGUCCUAAGGAUGCAAUCUAAGGGCAGCAAAGCUGCACUAAUGGCAGUGUUUCUGCAGUCUGUUGUUGUGCAUCACUGUUGGACCUUGCACAGAUUCCCUGAGUUGGUCCUGGUGCUGCCUGAAGCAGGAGGAGAGCGUGUUGGUUUUGGAUCUCUGGUAGAUCUAGAGCUGAGGAGUGUUAUUCUUGAUUUGUACAAAGAACAAACAGACGUAAGGGAGAAGAUGUGCAGUGCAGGAAGUUGGUUCUUUCUGGAGGAUGCUGCUUUGCUGACUGUCACCAUCCUUCUUUUGGUUUGUUUGUUCCUUUCUCCCCCCCCCCUAAAAAGUGACCUUCACGAUAAGAAAGCUGGCCCCAUGCUUCUGCUUGGAUGUGCAUGCUAAUGUAUUUCCCUUUUCAGACAGCAAGACGUCAGAUUCAUAUAAAUUAUUCUCCCAAACGCAGUAGAACUGAUUAGAAUUGAUUUUCAUUCCCCCUCCCUUUCCAAAGAAUGUUGUAGAAGAUUUUAAUUGCAGGCAUCUAAUGAAAAAAAAAAAGCCAACUUGUACAGCUUGUUUCCUCUAUGCAUUGUUCCACUGAUGCUGAACAGCUCUCUCCAUACAAACAUACGUGUGCACACCUAUUCACUGCCAGGAGACCUGUGCUCAGGAUGCAGUGCAGCUUCCAGGUUUGUACACUCAGAGCAAACACUGCACGAUGCAGUUGCCACUUUUAAAACGUUUUGCACGUGCUGUGGAUGCUUCUAGGGGCUUUUCUUUUUCCCUUGGAAGCACUCGAAUUGCUUGCACCACAGUGUGGGCUAAGGAUUGCCAAAGGUUCUUUUCAAAUGCAUCCUUGGUGUUGUUGUAUGUCACAGCUUCCUGGAAAAAGAAGCAUCUUAAACGGAUCUUUGAACGGUUUUAUGCACACGGAACAAAAAUUGGGGCUUUUCUUUCAUCUUUCUCACCACGUGUAAUUGUCAGCAUUUGGAAAACAGGGGUCUUGUAACGGAGACACAGAACUGUCAGCAGUGCAGCAGGGAGGUUGGAAAGCACAGCUUGGAGCCCACAUCCUCGAGCACUACGUGCAGCAGUGCUGUGCUAAUAACUGGAAGCUGUUUUUUUUUGUUGUUGUUGUCUUUUUUCCUUUCCUUAUUUUCUGGAACACAGGAAGGUGGUGAGGAUGGGCUCUGCGUGGAUCCUGCUGUGUGCUGGGUCCAAUACCUGGGUUUGCUCUGGGCUCCUUGAGCUGUGUUGUGGGUUGUUUUGGCUAGCAUGUCUUAACUCUUCAGGCUUUGGAACUGCUUUAGAGAAUCGUGUUGACUUUUCGUUCUGCUGUUGUUCAGUUGCACAGGGUUUUAUAUAUAUGAUGUACUUAGUUUUAACGUUAAUUCUCCGUGAACAGGGUUGAGAUUAUUCAUUGUAGUUUAAAAAAAAGAAAGAAAAAAAAAAAGCAAAAAAAAAAAAAUGUAUUCUAAAACUCCCUUUGAAAAUCUUGUUUGUAUUCUGUUGCAGUGUUACCAGAUGGCCUUAUGUACGUCACAGUGUUUUUGUGAUAAGUACAGUAGCACAUUUAAUGCUUAUCUCCCCCAACCCCUCUGUUUUUAUAGCUGAGAAGUGUAUUCUUAAUAAUAGAGAUGAAAUAAAUAGGGAAGCUCAAGUGACACGCAUAGGAAAGAUAGUGGUUGUCUCCUGCCAUGCGUAUUGGGACAGCUGGAAUCAAUCUGAGGCUGCAGUGACUGAACAGGGGAGGUAACCACAGCAUGGGGCUUUGUCUUGGGACUGCUGAGAACACAGGGCAUGCUGAUGGCAGGCAGCUCUCGUGUGCCACGAGCUUGUAAAGCAAGAAAGGUCCAUUGGCUGCAGCAGAACUGCUCUGAGUUGCAGCAGCUGAGGCUCUGCUUCCUUGCAGCUUUCUGCCUGUGGCUCAGCUGGAGGCAGGGAGGAAAGCAUCAGCUGAAUGGGAGAGACUUUAAGCAACCAAACCAGCAGUGGUGAUGGUUGGCUGUUGUCGUUCUGUUUCUUUUUCAAGUGCACAUCUGUUUUGGAAAGUGGUUUUUCUGAUGCCUUUAGUGCUGCUCCUCGAGUGGUUUUUUCAGGUUAAUCUGGGCUCUGUGUAGAUGAGCACAAUGAAUGUCUGCAGUGUUUUUCAUAUUCCUGCAGCACUGAUUCUUCUGCUUGGGGCAGAUUGAGGAGACAACCACUAACUCUAAAAGUGGAUCCUCUCUUAUUUUCCUGUAAUUUAGUAGAAACAUCAGUGGUUAAAAUGACACGAAGUCAGCAGAUGACGUUUUCAGUUACUCUUUCCAGAACAGAAUUGCAUUGGAUACACGUGUUUAGUGCCAAGUCAAGAGGCAAAGUUAUGUCCUAGCAAACAUCUGCGUGCUUCCUACCUUGGAGAUUUAUCCUACAACCUGGAGUUUGGAGGCAGCAAUGACCUUGCACUGCUUUGGUGCUCUGGUUAGAGUUGGGAGAGAGUAGCUUCUCAGUCUUUCUUACUUCAGACAAAUAAUACCUUAUAAUAAGAGUAUCUUAAUGCCAUUGUGUUUAAAAAAUAAAAUGCUGGUAUGUAAUGCAAGUACAUAAAUAGCCAAAGUUUUCAGUAAUUGUUCAGUGUUACUAAAUUUGCUUUUAUUUAACCUUCCAAGGUAACAUAUUAGGAAGACCUUCAGCGUGUUGAUACCAUGUUGGGAGAAAAAAAGAAAAAAAAGUCUGAUCAACUUAAUCCUUGUACAUAUGCAGUUCUUUGAACACAUUUCAGGUUUGGCUGCGAUUUGGAGGGUGAAGUUCUGAGAUGCAAAACGUGUUUUGGAGGAAGUGCACUGUAAUGACUUCAAAGUGACUCGUGCUGCUUUUACAGAGCAGCACAUUGGCAGUUUUUAUUCAAACAUAAUGAAGGUCUUUCCUGAGGAAUCAGGUGACUUUUCUAUUGCUUCAAUUUUUGUGCAAAAAAAAAAAAAAAAAAUCCAUGUAUUGCAAUUUUUUUUUUUUUUUAAAUAGGGUGGGAAUAGUUAAAGAAAACUAUUUUAUGUAAGAACUGACAGAGAGAUUUGCUUUGUAUAAUGCAAGCUGGCUUUAAAAAAGCAUUGUAGCAAAUUAUUCAAGUCAAUCAUAUGUUAAUAGUUAUGUGCAACCAGACAUGCAAAACAAUUGUAUUUUUUUAAAUAAAUAUUUUUAACAAAGUU